AUGUCAUAUAAAUCAUUUUAACAAUGUUUACUUAUGACAUAUAGUGUUGCACUAGCAACAUUUAGUUUUGCUUAUAAUUCUUAUAUAAUCAAUGGUCCCUUAGACCAUAUCAGAAUAUGGAUUGAUAUAGACUCAUCAUUUAAAGAGGGAGCGAUGAUGACUUCCUUUAAUUUUGGUGGAUUGGUUGGAUGUGUAAUUGGAAUUUUAAUAGUCAAAACAACUUCAAGAAGACUAAUGCUAUAUUUGAUUGAUUUACUACUGAUUAUUGGGACUGCAGGAUUAAACAUUUAGAACUAUAAUACCUUUAUAUUUUUUCGAGUGAUUGCUGGAAUUGGUAGUGGAUUGACAACUUUAGUGACACCAAUGUUUUUGAAAGAAAUCAUUCCUACUCAAAUUUAUGGAGUCUUGGGAGGGCAAAACUUAGUCUUAUUGUCUCUAGGAACAAUUGUAUAAUCGUUUAUGGCUUUGGGUUUCAGAGAUGUCAAAGGAUAGACAUCUGUUGAUAUGAGUUACUGGAGAUUUUAUCUUUUGCCUCCUAUAAUUAUCUGUAUCACUAGGAGUCUCUUAUUGAAAUUUUAUUUUCCCUUUGAAUCUCCAAUAUUUUCAAUAUAGUCAGGCAAUGCUUAGGCAGCAGAAGAAUUUCUGGGACAUCUAUAUCAAGAUGAGGAUGUAUCAAAAUUAAAAUAAGAUCUUGAAAAUUUAGUAAACAAAAGGAAUGUAGAAAAAACAUUACCUAAUGCAAGAGUAUUUUUAGGAAUUAUGAUUAACAUAUUUUAUUCUAAUUCAGGUAUUACUCCUAUUAUUUCCUAUUCCACUAAGAUAUUUUAGUAAGUUACUACGAUAACAGUGGCAUAAAUAUUGACAAUAGGAAUGAGUAUUAUCAAAUUCAUCUUUUAUUCAACAGGUGCUUAAUUGACUUAAAAAUAUGGAAGAAGAAUGCCCCUAAUUAUAGGAACAGGAAUUCUCGCUGCUGUUUUAAUCAGUACUGGUAUUAGUUCGGCUAUUAAUGAUAAUUCAGAAUAUAAUGAUACAACAUUAAAAUCCGUUGUUGUCGUCUACAUAGUAAUCGCUAUUUAUUUAUAUUUUGGGGUCUUCUUCAAUACUUUUGGAGCAAUUAUUCCUCUUUAUACACCUGAAAUUCUCUCUGGAAUUUACCUAACUAUAGCCCUCAUCUUUUAAUGGUCAUUCAAUAUUACAAUCACAUUCUUAUUCCCUGUCAUAAGAGAUUCAUUUGGAAUGUGCUAUACAUUUUAUUACUUUGGAAUCAUGAUGGGAGUGGCAACAGUUUAUUUUAUGAUAUUUAUAAAAGAAACCAAAAACUUAAAUGAUAAAGAAAUUGAUGCUUUAUGGUAGAACCAAACAUCAAAAGUUAGAGAUGAAAAUGAAAAUUUGAUCUAAUGA